AUGGAUCAGUUCCGCCAGCAGCUGGAGCUGAUCGCGCAGGAGCAAGCCAUCAUGAAGUCGAUCGCACAUCCAAACGUCGUCAAGCUCCUGGGGAUGAUCAGUGAGGAUGAGCACGACGAGCUCUCCACGAAGUACCUGGUGAUGGAGUUCUGCGAGGGUGGCGAUCUGGAUCACUACAUUCACCUCAACAAGAAGGUCAGCGCUGGGGUCGCGAGGACGAUCAUGCUCCAGCUAGCGGCGGCGCUCCAAGAGCUCCGGAGGAUGAACUUGAUCCACCGGGACCUCAAGCCCCACAAUCUCCUGCUCAAGAACAAGGUCGCGCCGGGGUCAGAUCCAGAGGGAGAAGCGAUCGUGGUGAAGCUCACGGAUUUUGGGCUGGCGAGGAAGCUCCAGCCGCAAGGAAUGGCUUAA